AUGGAUCAUGAUUCAGCAAUGGAUAAAAGUGUUAUUGAUGGAUUAUUUAGUAAUGGAUUCAUGUCGGUUGAGGUUCCAGUCAAAUACGGCGGAACUGAAGCGAGCUUCUUUGAUGCUAUGAUUAUCGUUGAGGAACUAGCUAAGGUCGAUCCAUCGGUGGCUGUGUUUUGUGACGUUCAGAACACAUUAGUUGCACCACUGAUUAUUGAAUACGGUACAGAAUCACAGAAAGAAAAAUAUUUACCACGAAUUUUUUCUGAUUGGGUCGGCGCAUUUUGUUUGUCUGAAGUUAGUUCAGGUUCGGAUGCAUUUGCAUUAAAGACAACUGCAACAAAGGAUGGUGACGAUUAUAUCAUUAAUGGUAGCAAAAUGUGGAUCUCCAACGCGGAACAUGCUCAUUUCUUCAUUGUAAACCUUUUAUCAAUUUCACAUUUUCCUUUGAUAUUUAUUGUGAUGGCAAAUGUCGAUCCAAGCAAGGGUUAUAAAGGUAUAACGUCAUUCCUGGUUGAUAGAUCAUUGCAAGGAGUAGAAGUUGGAAAGAAGGAAGAUAAACUUUGUAUCAGAGCGAGUAGCACAUGCCCGGUGCACUUCAACGAAGUUCGUGUCAAUAAAGAUAUGCUUCUCGGUGAGCUUGGCAAAGAUCUCAUAUCGAUCCUUGAUCAGCGAACUGCUAAACCGUUAGUUUUUGGCCCAAAAAGUUACAAAAUGGCCAUUGAAUGUUUGAAUGCGGGACGUAUUGGAAUCGGGGCACAAAUGCUUGGUUUAAGUGAAGGAUGCUUCCAGUCGACAAUACCUUAUCUACAACAGCGUAAACAGUUUAAUAAACGUCUCAUUGACUUUCAGGGUUUGCAACACCAGAUUGCUGAUAUUGCAACACAAAUUGAAGCAACACGUUUACUUGUUUAUAAUGCAGCACGACUGAAGCAAGCAAACGCAAGUUAUAUCAAGGAAUCUGCCAUGGCGAAAUGGUAUAGCUCAGUCGUAGCAGGAAAUACAACAACCAAAUGUAUCGAAUGGAUGGGUGGAGUUGGAAUCUCGAAGUCGUUUCCAGUCGAGAAAUUCUAUCGAGAUUGUAAAAUUGGUAAUUUUCAUUCAAUUCUUAUCUACGGAGGACAUUUUUACCAUAGUCAUGUAAUGCUAAGAGAGCGUUUUUCGGAUAUAGGCACAUUUAUGGGAGAUGAGAGUUCACUUGACACGUAUUACGAAUUAUGUGCACCUCAUGCCAUCAAUAUAUUUUCAGGCACUAUCUAUGAAGGCACUUCGAACGUGCAACUUAACACGAUUGCUAAACUGAUUGAUGCUGAAUACAAGGAGAUAUCUUAA